GGGAGAGGGAGAGAAAAAGAGAGACCAAAAGAAAGAGUGGGUAGCCACUCUGGUGCACUCUGGUGGUUCCUGUAAAGGCUUCAGUAUUUGCUUGAUCUCCACACAGUGGCAUUGUGGCUACAACAAGAUUCUGAGACAAACUAUUCUCAGUGGACAGACUUAAAUGGACAAAUCUAAGCUUUUCGUACUCCAGAACUUUUAUUUCUUUAUACUCAUGCAUUUUUCCAGGACUCAUGAACUUUCUGCAACUUUUUUAGUUCUUUGGACAGUUUGGUUUCACCGCUUGGGAGAACAUGUUGCUUGUCUUGGAAAGAUGAAGACCCAGAAUGCUCAUUUGAGGGCUGCAAGAGGAGGACUCCUGAGGUGCGACAUAUGAGCAUUCUCUUCAAAGAAGAGAAAUUAUUUACAGUGGAAAACUUCUCCUACUCUCAGGUUUGAGAGGAUUUAUGUCUGUGUGCUGGUUUAGCCAGGUCUAUAUUUUCUAAGAUUUUUAACACCAUUCAACUAGUGGUGACUGAGUUUUAUGCCAGUGAUGGAUCCUGGUAAUGGAACAUACUACCGAGAUCCACCGGGAGACUGGUUCUUCGUCAUGGCAGUCAACAUCAUCCUGGUCACAGUGUUGGGAAACCUGCUGGUCAUCAUCGCCGUGGCUCGCACUCCACAGCUACAGACUUCAACAAACAUCUUAAUCAUGUCGUUAGCAUGUGCGGACCUUAUCAUGGGGACCCUGGUGGUCCCGUUUGGGGCCAGUUAUGUUCUAACAGCUUCAUCUGGUCUGUACUUGUUUGGUUGUGACACCACCUUGCUCAGCACCACCAAUUUCCUGGGGGUGCACAUCACAGACUGGAAGAACGUGAGAACAGCGGUGAGGACAGCAGAGAGGAUCAUCGGGGCUCCUCUUCCCUCCAUUAAGGACGUUUCAUCCCGGCACUGCAUGUCCCAAGCAUGUGACAUCAUCAGUGACCCCUCACACCCCAACCAUCGACUGUUCUCCAUCUGGCUGCAGAUCCAACAGGUUCUGUAA